AAGGGUUAAAUCAGUGAAAAGAAGACAGAGCAAAGUGUCUACCAUGGCCGAGGCCGAGGGUGUAAAAUGCGAAUCGAAAGAGGAAGUUAAAAAAGUGGAGGAGGAAGGUCCGAAGGAGAAGACUCUGAAUACUCGAAGAUGGUGCAGCGUUCCCUUGUGCAAGUCCCGGAAAUAUCGCUCGCUCCACAAGUUCCCGAGGGAUCCGGAGCUUCGGAAGAAGUGGGUGAUUGCCUGUCGAAUAGGAAAGAAACUCACGCCAAACAUGCUCGUCUGCAGGGAUCACUUUCUUCCCUCGGAUUUCAUUCCAAGAUGGGAUGGAAGGCUGAGGAAUUUGAAAAGAAUCGCUAUACCGUCUCAAAAUUUACCUACCAGGCCACUUGACAAAAUAUUAUCUCCAUCUCAGUUGAAGCGAAAGGACGAUAGAGCAAUGCGAGCUGCUAAAAGAUUGGAACGUGUAGUUCCAAGGAUACUCAAAACAUCGUCUCAGAAUAAGCCGCUUGAGGAGAAUAAGAGUUCUAAAAAGACUGAAGUUAAGGAUGUUAAAGUGGCUAAAGCCGGCGAUUCUAUUGAACAUUCUCAGCCAAAUGUAAAUUAUACUGUUGAAGAAGUUUACGAAAAGUUAGAAGUAAGUACAGGCAGAGUAGACAUGGAUGUGGCCAAUUUAGAAGCAUACAUCCCUAAUCCUGUGUGUAUGUGUAAUAGGUCGAAAAAGAUUGUUCAAGAAAACAAAGAGUGUUUUGAGAUUAGGGCAGCUAGAGUAUUACUAGAAUUUAAUGUAAUAGUAGAAGAGUUGAUGAAAAGUCGAGAAAUAAUCUUUCCAACAAAAGACGUGGUGUUGAAGAAAGUGGAAGAAUUUUACCAAUGCGCGAGAAGAUCUCACAAAGUAGCUUUCUUCACAUUGUUUAAGAAGGAUAUCCAACUGCACACCUUUACUGGUAUUGAUUUUAAAUUAAUGGACAUUUUGACUAAAUCAGUUUCUGGGUGCGAAGAACUAGAUUCUUUGGAAACUGAGCUUAGCAUUAAAGAAAAGAUCCUUUUGACGCUCAUAAAGCUUCGAUGGAAUCCCUCGUAUGGGACUCUAGCUAAUCUGUUCCAUAUCAGUGAGAGUAAUUGUACAAGUGUAUUUCACAAUAUAAUACAGGUUUUGAAAUCUAUACUAAAAAGUGCGAUUUAUUGGCCAACACAAGAGGAGAUCAUGAACCAUAUGCCGGAGUCUUUGGAAACUUUAAAAAAAACCAUCGCAGUCAUUUCUCAUAAUGAGAUCAAUUUAAAAAGGCUAAUGUGUUCUGAGUGUGAUCUUCCAAUGGCUUUAGAUUACGAUGGCAUAGACAAAUUAAAAAUCUCAUUAGGGUUUUCACAAUGUGGCUUGAUUACUUAUGUCAGUAAAGCCGAACAAAGUGUAACUAGCAUUGACGAGACUAUAGUCGAUCCAAACAGUAUAUCAAAGAUAUUAAUUCCAAGCAACGACGCGAUCAUGACGGAUGGUUGCUUCAUCGAACAAGACUGUAACAGGUUGUUUAUUGAGUUGAUUAAAAGUAGAACGGAGAAACCGUUGGAUCUGGAAUUCGGUAAAACAGAAAAGCCAAAGGAAACGGCUUUGAUUCACGUCGACAGCGCGUACAAGAGAUUUCGAAAGUUUCGAUUUUUACAAUCGAGUGUUUCCAGUAACGAAGCGUCGCUCAUCGAUGAUAUAAGCGUGAUAAUAUCCGGGAUUAUAAAUUUGGGUAACUCGGUAAUCGUGAAAAGUUUCAAUGACUUUUCGAGCCUUAAGAAGAGAUAAAAGAGUAUUUUUUAUAAGAAACGACGUUUUGAUUUUGUAAUAAUUUACGUUUAAUUUAUUGCGCUCGUCAGUUUCCACUUACGUGGGUUUCGUAGAAGGUUUAUUCAAGAAAUAUACAACAGUCAGUGACAAUCUAUGUAUUUUUUAUUAUUUACAAUGUACCAAUUCAUGUCAGCUAAUGGCUUAUUAAAUAUCACACUGUUUAUAAAACGUCUUUCAAUUUAUUUUUAUUCAGGAUGAUUUACUGUUACUUUUUUUUAUAUAAAACUUGACACAAAUUAUUGUUAAAUAAACUGGGUGUGACGCAACAACGA